CGAGGAGGGGGGAUGCACGCGCAACAGUGGGGCAGCACAGCAGAUUUGUGUGCAAGCUCAGUGACCAUUCUCCUCCCCCUUCCUGCCUCCACCCAACUACUUGCAGACCUUUUUGGAUUGCAUUCACAUCGAGAAGGAGGAGGGGGUACGCAGGAUCUGAGUGCCCUGGCCAGCAGCACCACAGUGUUGGUGUUGUGGGAGGUGCACCCUGACGCCCUGCCGCUCUUUCCUGACUGCCCCACACCAUUCCUUCGCUCGCCAUGA